CAGGUGCAUUGCACAGGCCAUAAAAACCUCUCUGGGCCGAGGGGGCGUGAUUGACAUCCCUCCACGCCACUCACAGACCAUUUAGCUCUUCCCGCAGGACACUAGCCCGCCUUUUAAACCUUUUUAGGGUCAGAACCUGAUACCAGAGCUGUCAGUUCCCAUACUUAUUGGGGUGCGGUCACGUGUGCCACUUUUGACCAGGAAAGGAGCACCGGGCCAGCAGGGUUUUCUGGUAGUGGGAGCACCACCUCCGCACAGGCACCUCGCACCAGUGGAGUCUGGUCUCUGUCUGCAGCCCCUUACUAUCUCUCCCCCCCGAAAGCGAGACCUCUCGUCUCAAGGUGGUUCUUGCCCUCACGGCGUCGUCUAUUGCUGAUUAAUUUUUUUCUUACUAUAAGCUGAGGGGGACGUGAAGUCCUAACAGAGGAGGCAACCAUGACAGCUGUCGAGACAUACAGCAACUCCUAUAUCAUCACCCAUGAAGAGCAGUACAUGACCCAAGAGGACGACUGGGACAGGGAUCUGCUGCUGGACCCUGCCUGGGAGAAGCAGCAGAGAAAGACCUUCACAGCUUGGUGUAACUCCCACUUGAGGAAGGCCGGGACACAGAUUGAGAACAUUGAAGAGGAUUUCAGAAAUGGCCUCAAACUCAUGCUGCUGCUGGAGGUCAUAUCAGGUGAGAGGCUGCCCAAACCCGACAAAGGCAAGAUGCGUUUCCACAAGAUCGCCAACGUGAAUAAAGCUCUGGACUUCAUCUGCAGCAAGGGGGUCAAGCUGGUGUCUAUCGGUGCUGAGGAGAUUGUUGACGGUAACGUGAAGAUGACCCUUGGUAUGAUCUGGACCAUCAUCUUGCGUUUCGCCAUCCAGGACAUCUCUGUGGAAGAGACCUCUGCUAAGGAGGGUCUGCUGCUGUGGUGCCAGAGGAAGACUGCCCCCUACAGGAACGUCAACGUGCAGAACUUCCACAUCAGUUGGAAGGACGGCCUGGCUCUGUGCGCCCUCAUCCACAGACACAGACCCGACCUCAUUGACUACUCCAAACUGAGAAAGGAUGACCCUAUUGGUAACCUGAACACUGCUUUCGAGGUGGCUGAGAAGUUCCUGGACAUCCCCAAGAUGCUUGACGCUGAAGAUAUUGUGAACACACCCAAACCUGAUGAGAAGGCCAUCAUGACCUACGUGUCCUGCUUCUACCACGCCUUCGCUGGCGCUGAGCAGGCCGAGACAGCUGCCAACCGUAUCUGCAAGGUGCUGGCCGUCAACCAGGAGAAUGAGAAACUGAUGGAGGAGUACGAGAAGCUGGCCAGCGAGCUGCUGGAGUGGAUCCGUCGCACCAUCCCCUGGCUGGAGAACCGCGUGGCCGAGCAGACCAUGCGCGCCAUGCAGCAGAAGCUGGAGGAUUUCCGUGACUACCGCCGCAUCCACAAGCCUCCCCGCGUGCAGGAGAAAUGCCAGCUGGAGAUCAACUUUAACACCCUGCAGACCAAGCUGAGGCUCAGCAACAGGCCCGCCUUCAUGCCGUCCGAGGGCAAGAUGGUGUCGGAUAUUGCCAACGCCUGGAAGGGUCUGGAAGGCGUGGAGAAGGGCUACGAGGAGUGGCUGCUGACUGAGAUCCGCCGCCUGGAGAGACUCGACCACCUGGCUGAGAAGUUCAAGCAGAAGUGCAACAUGCACGAGUCCUGGACUGGAGGUAGGGACGGUAAGGAGGACCUGCUGUCCCAGAAGGACUACGAGUCGGCCUCUCUGAUGGAGAUCAGAGCUCUGAUGAGGAAGCACGAGGCGUUCGAGAGCGACCUCGCCGCUCACCAGGACAGAGUGGAGCAGAUCGCUGCCAUCGCCCAGGAGCUGAAUGAGCUGGACUACCACGAUGCUGCCACAGUCAACGCCCGCUGCCAGGGCAUCUGUGACCAGUGGGACAACCUGGGCACCCUGACCCAGAAGAGGAGGGACUCACUGGAGCGUGUGGAGAAGCUGUGGGAGACGAUCGACCAGCUGUACCUGGAGUUCGCCAAGAGGGCGGCGCCCUUCAACAACUGGAUGGACGGAGCCAUGGAGGACCUGCAGGACAUGUUCAUCGUCCACAGCAUCGAGGAGAUCCAGAGUCUGAUCACCGCUCACGACCAGUUCAAGGCCACUCUGCCCGAGGCCGACAAGGAGCGCAUGGCCACCAUGGGCAUCCACAACGAGAUCCUGAAGAUCGCCCAGACCUACGGCAUCAAGCUGUCUGGAAUCAACCCGUACACCAACCUCAGCCCCCAGGACAUCAGCACUAAGUGGGACACUGUGAAGCACCUCGUUCCCCUCAGAGACCAAAUGCUCCAGGAGGAGGUGGCCAGACAGCAGGCCAACGAGAGACUGAGGCGCCAGUUCGCCGCCCAGGCCAACAUCAUCGGACCCUGGAUUCAAACCAAGAUGGAGGAGAUCAGCCACGUGUCUGUGGACAUCGCCGGCUCCCUGGAGGAACAGAUGAACAGCCUGAAGCAGUACGAGCAGAACAUCAUCAACUACAAAUCCAACAUCGACAAGCUGGAGGCCGACCACCAGCUCAGCCAGGAGUCCCUCAUCUUCGACAACAAGCACACCAACUACACCAUGGAGCACGUGCGUGUGGGCUGGGAGCAGCUGCUCACCACCAUCGCCAGAACCAUCAACGAGGUGGAGAACCAGAUCCUGACCCGCGACGCCAAGGGCAUCAGCCAGGAGCAGCUCAACGAGUUCAGAGCCUCCUUCAACCACUUCGACAGGAAGAGAAACGGCAUGAUGGACCCAGACGACUUCCGUGCCUGCCUCAUCUCCAUGGGCUACGAUCUGGGUGAGGUGGAGUUUGCUCGCAUCAUGACCCUGGUGGACCCCAACAACACGGGCGUGGUGACCUUCCAGGCCUUCAUCGACUUCAUGACCCGCGAGACCGCUGAGACCGACACCGCAGAACAGGUCAUGGCUUCCUUCAAGAUCCUGGCUUCAGAUAAGAACUACAUCACAGUGGAUGAGCUGCGCAGGGAGCUGCCGCCCGAGCAGGCCGAGUACUGCAUCAGCCGCAUGACCAGGUACAUCGGAGCAGACGGCUCCGCCGGCGCCCUGGACUACAUCUCCUUCUCCAGCGCCCUCUACGGAGAGAGCGACUUAUAA